AUGAUGCAUUGGCAAUUGCUAUAUUUUAUUAUAUUAUUACCGCUGAUAAUUAUUAAAUCGAAUGCAUCAUUUUUGUAUAAUACAAAUGAUAAUUCAAAAACAAUUUUUGAUUGUUUUUAUUUGCAUAUAAUUGAUGAUCGUGAUUCAAAUGAACAUGUUUCGUUUCGAACAAAUCAUCUAAUACCUUAUUGUCGACGUCCAUUAUCAACUGAUUCUAUUAAUAAAAUACAAGGAUAUAUAGAAAAUACAUACACAUUUAAAAAUUUAAGUUUACAAGGAAUUACGAGUGAAAAUCUUCUUCAGUGGUCAAUAUCAAUUGAUAUAAUUGAACUAUAUUCUAUAUACCUCAUUAAAAAUGAUAUCGAAUUUGAUGGAUUUAUUCUUAAUAAUUGUUCAUCAUUAUGGUUUGGUUCGAAUUGUCAAUAUACAUUUAAUCUGAGUAUACCUAUCGAAUCAUUUGGGUAUUUUGUAAAAUCUUCAUUUAAAGCUCGUAAACAAUAUAAGGAAAAAAUUUUAAUACAUACUUGUUAUCGUCAUCUAUCUGGAUGUUAUCGUGGUCCUGAACCGAUAUGUUUAGACUGGCGUGAAAUAUGUGAUGGAAAAGUUGAUUGUAUUGGAGAUAAUUUUGGUAUCGAUGAAGAAUAUUGUAAUGAACUUGAAAUAAAUGAAUGUAACGAAGAUGAAUAUCGAUGUCAUAAUGGAGCACAAUGUAUUCCAUUUGAAUUCUUUCGUGAUAGUCGACUAAGUAAAGAUUGUUUGGAUGGAACAGAUGAAGUUGAAAAGUUUCGUAAGUCGCAAUAUUUGAAACCGGAACAAUCUUUAGGAUGCAUCGAUUCAAUGCUAUUCGCUUGUGAAGAGGUAACAUGUCGUCAACCACAUGAAUUUUCAUGUGGCGAUGGAAGUUGUACAAUAUUUAAUCCUAGUUUUAAUCUUAUUAAUUAUAACCCAGAUGCUUGUGCAAGUACAGGUCGUGUUGCCAACUAUCGUCAAGCAAUUUAUAAAUCAGCCAAACAAUAUCCGAAUGAUUGUUAUCUUAUAUUAUUUUGUAAACUCGGUUUUUAUGACAUUCUCCAAAAUGAUACAUACAAUAUAACAGAUUGUUCAAGUAAAAAUUUGUCAUCAAAAAAUUGUACAUUUGAAUAUCUUUCGUUUCCUCGUGAACCUAUGUUCAAUGGUUAUUUUCAACCUUUUUAUUCAACUCGAUAUUUUAACAAUCCUGAUUAUGAUAAAUGGCCAGCAUACAUCUGUACUAAUCCACGAUUUGGUUUAUAUUUGUCAAAUGAAAAAAAUCGUAUGAAUGGUUUAGAUUGCCGUUCAUCUUCAACAUUUUUCUCCAACAGUCCGGGUUUAUCAGAUUAUUUGAAAGAAGAUGCUGCGAUUUGUGCAUUAAUGGGAAAUAUUAAUAAAUAUAAAUCAAAUUCAUCUUUAUUUUAUUGUGAAAAAUCUCAUAAAUAUAUAUCAAAACAUCGUCUCAUUGAUGGUAUUCGAGACUGUUAUUAUAAUGAAGAUGAAAUUUAUACAAAUAGUUGUUCAUUAAAUGAUAUUCAUCGUUUUAAUUGUACAUCAGAAACAAAAUGUUUAUCACCUAUAGGUAUUGGCCUUGAUCAACCUCAAUGCAAAAAUGCAGAAGAUGAAAAAAUUGACAAUGACGAAAUAUUUGUAUAUUCACGUCUUUGUAAUGAGAUAGAUAGUUUUGCAGAAUUAGAACGAGAAGAUAAUGAAACCGAUGAAAACAAUUGUGAAUGGUGA